GGACCGUAGUUUGAGGAUGCCUGGAUUAAGGAUUACAGGCUUGAGCCACCGUGCCGGGCCAGAAGUAGACAUUUUAAUUUGGUGGAAAAUAUGUGAUCCUUGUGCCUCCACUCCUGCCCCUCUUCCCCAGGGGACGUGAAUGACUCAGUGAAAUCUCACUUGCUGAGCCGAGUUUCCUCCUCAGGAUCUUUCUCAUCCCCUGCUUCAGGUAGCCAGCGCUCAUCCAAGGAUUUUACUUGUCAUCCUUGUGACGUGAAGUCCCCGAAUCCCGACUGCCUUAGUUCGGGGGGUAUCAGCUCUCCCAGGGUGACAGCCAUGCCUGGUACCUGGUCCCCUGCCCGCGUCUUCACCACCCCUACACCGCAGCUGGUGAGGCCUGCUCCCCCGGAGCUCUCGGUGGUGACACGCCGUCUGCAGCAGGGGGCGGCAAACCCUGCCAGUCCAGGUCGCAGGUCACCCCCGCCGUCGCGGUGUGAGAAGGGCCGCAGGCAGUAUGCAAAUGAGCGGGGGCGGUCGCAAUGCCACUUGGUUCAGGAAAAACAGCCUCAGGCCGGCUCUGUGCUGCGCGGCCAGCCCGGUCUGCAGAACCCGGCGUGGCGGUGCCGCGGGCGUGUGCCACCACCCGUGUUUCCGCCUCACCGCCCUCACGCCCCGCCGAGCCCGCGCCGACCCGCGUCACUGCGGGCUGCCCGGAGGCCUUUGCUCCCCCCGGGGUUUUGCACUGGACGGCGCCUCUUCUGGGUGCGCGGCUCCCCGCUCUCCACCCGAACGCCUCCCGCUUGUUCCUGCGGACUCAGCCCGGCCUGCCCGAGAACGCCCCGCUCUCCCCGGGCCGCCCUUCAGGCUUCGUCCUGCGCGACCUCUGGGCGCCACCUGGCCCCGCGCACCUCGUCUCUCCCCUCCUGCCGGUUCCCUCGGUUCCGCUUCGCCCGUCCCGGCGCCUCCUCCCCGCUGCUCCUGCCCCGCUUCCCCGGACUGUGCGGCCUCGGCGCUGCCGCCCCUCGCCGGUCCUCCCGGGCGGCCCCACGGCCUCCCGCUGGGCCUCUGCGACCCCACCAGACGCGAGCUGGGUCCGGCUCGCGGCUUCCCCCACGCCCGGCCUCUUCCCAGGCCCCUCCCGCAAGCGGCACCUGAGGGGACGCGCUCUUGCAGCGCCUUUCCCUUUCCAGUUGGCCGCCAACCCCUCGGCCACAGCAGUGCCGCGCCCCAGCGUCGCCGCCCCGCCCUGGUUCGCGCGGACCUUCGCCCAGGUGGGCGAGAGCCCAGCCGGCCCACGCGGUCUCCCCCCGGGGGAGCUGGCACCGAUGGAGUGGGCCUUUCCUCGGGCAGUACAGCAAGCCCUGCCCACUUCCUGUUCACGUGCAGAGCCUGCAACGACCAUUUACUUCAGGAUGCGGAGUCAAAAGCAAAGCCCAACAAUAGUGAAGCCACUCCCUGAGUCAAACUUUCCAGCCCUGCUAACCUACUCAGAAUCGCCUAUCUUCAAGAUGAACUGUUAUUGCUUAUGUAACACAUACCGGCCAACUUCACAAACACCAGGGCUUUGAAAUUAAAUAUGGGCCAACUGUACAUUUA